CGCCGGGGCGGGCGCAGCCGACACCCAGUUGAGGCGGCGGUGAGACCGGCCGACUCUGCACGGGACGACAACCGUCACCAGCUGUCUUCAACCGUCAGCAGUCGCCAACAGUCGUCGGACGUCAGCUCCGACUCAACACCAUGGACUCACAACAGAGCAAUGAAGCGGGCUGGACGCGGACCCUUCUAUCCAGCGUAUCCGUGGCCUUCUUCGGAUGUCUAAUCAGCUCUGGAUACAACAUCGGCGUACUGAAUGCGCCACAAGAGAUUCUGAUGAAGAUGAGCAAUGCCUCUGCGGCCCACGACUUCGGAGUCAUUCUGGACGCCACCUCUCUGGACCUCGUGUGGUCGGCUGUGGUAGCUGUGUUUCUCGUCGGCGCCACAGGCGGCGCUAUGGUCGGAGGCGCAGUCGCUGAUCUUGUAGGACGCAAACUGUCCAUAAUGGUCAUUGAAAUUGUGCUGGCCCUAUCGGGAAUUCUGCUGUUCAUCGGAUACGAAAAGGAGCACGUGCACUGGUUCUUCCUCGGAAGGAUCUUCGCGGGCUUCGGCACAGGUCUGACGUCCACCGUCUGUCCGCUGUACGUACACGAGGUGGCGCCACCGCGCCUGCGCAGUGCGCUCGGCAGUGUCACCAACCUGGGCUUCUGCGUGGGCCUGCUGCUGGGACAGAUCCUAGGACUUCCUGAGGUGCUCGGUCGCGCCGACACGGUGCAGUACCUGCUGGCGGUGUUUCUGAUCCCGACUUUGGGCGCCUCCGCCAUGCUGCCCUUCUGCCCCGAGAGCCCCAAGUACCUGCUCAUCAAUAAAGGAAACGAACAGGACGCCUUCGCAGCUCUGAGCCGUCUGCGCGGUCUGCCGCAAGAGGCGCUGUCGUCGGAGCUAAGCGGAUACCGGGCCGAGGCCAAGCUGGCAGCCGAGACGCCGUGCUGGACGCUGCGCCGGCUGCUGGCUGACGCCGUGUGCCGCCGCCGGCUGCUGGUGCUCCUACUGAUCUGUGCCGGCCAGCAGUUCUCCGGAGUGAAUGCUGUGUUCUUCUUCAGUACGGCUAUCUUCCAGCGGGCGGGUCUGAGUCAGUCACAGGGAGCGCUCGCCUCUCUGGGCUGCGGCGCUGCCAACGCGGCGCUGGCGCUGCUGGCGGGCCCGUGCGUAGCGCGUGUACCACUGAGGCGUCUGUUGACCGUCAGCUGCCUUGGCUGCGCCGUCUGCCUGGCUGCCUUCGCCGGGGCACUGUGCCUCAUGGAGACGUACGUCUGGGCAGCCGUCUGUGCGGUCGUCUUCCUCAUUUUCUACGUCGUGGCCUUCGCGUCAGGGUUCGGCCCCAUCCCGUGGAUGCUGGGCGCCGAGAUGUUCGAACAGGGCCCGAGGGCGCUGGCCGUCUCCAUGGGCUCGGCUACGAUCUGGGUGUCCAACUUCUUCAUCGUGCUCCUGUUCCCCGUCAUGUACGCUCAAGCUGGCGUCGCCUGCUUCAUAUUCUUCCUGGUGUGCUGCCUUCUGGCGGCGGCCGUGGCACACUUUCACUUGCCAGGGCCGACAGUAGAGGGUAGCACAGUCAAGGAAAUGGAGGCCGUCCAAGUGUGAAAGUGCUUUCAACUGUGGUAUAAAGCGAGCUAAUGUUUAUAUUAAACAUAUUUGUUCAUUGUGUUGUAUAUGACAUACAUUUUAGCUAAAUACAUUUUCAUCCAUCUUCAUAAA